CGAUUGUGUUUUUUUUAUGUGGAGGCGAAUUUAUUCUUUUACUAAUUGCUAAUGCAUUUGUUGAAAGAUAGCAUACUUGGUUUUUGAGUCGAAAUUCAAGGACCAAUUCUCAGGUCUCCUACUAGAGUGAUUUCAAAAGUGACAGGAUUUGGAAACAGAGUGCACGUCCCAUACAAGAAAACAUUUACUAAUGGGCGGUAUGAAAUUCGCCGGAUGUGCGAGGUGAGGCGGCGCAGUCCAUAUAAAGCAAACGAGAUUUUACAGAAACGGUUCAGAUUAUGAUGCUGUCACUGUUCAGAUGUUUCUAUGAAACUAAAACUAAUAUUAACGUUAGGAAAUUGAAUGUGGUUUCUCCAAAUCCGUAGAUUGAUAAAGGCCAAUUGAAAUAACGAUCUGAUGGAGAGGGUAAUACCAAAAAGUGGCCGAACGAAAAUUUUCGUGCAAAUUUACGCCAUCAUGGCAGUGUCUGUUGGAUCAUUUUCGACGGGGGCACAAUUUGCGUGGCCCUCUCCGUCGGUACCGCAACUCCUUCUGAACACCUCCUACAUCGGACGGAUUACCAUGGAGCAGGCAUCCUAUUUUUCCAUACUACCUCCGAUUGUCGUUAUAAUCUCCUCGUUUUUCAUCGGAAACGCGAUGAGAUUUAUCGGCAGAGAGUACAUAAUGGGAUUUUUAGCGGUGCCCCACGUCGUCCACUGGAUUGUGAUCGCGAACGCUACGAACCUAAUCACGGUCUACGUCGCGCGAGCCAUUAGCGGAGUAUCGGACGCCAUAUGCUACUCCACCAUAGCGGUGUACGUGGGUGAAAUAACAACACCGCACGUGCGAGGCACGUGGGGGAACUCAAUGAUGUGCGCCAUUUUAUUGGGUCACUUGUCCGUCGCCGCCGUCGGCGCCUACCAAGACAUUGUAACCACCGCUUACAUCUUCACCGUGCCACCCCUACUCUACGCACUGCUCAUAAUCUUCAUCCCAGAAUCCCCGUACUUUCUGAUAAUGACAGGUCGUAAUGAGGAAGCGAAGAUCGCUUUGCAGUGGCUCAGAUGGCAGCAGAACGUCGACGAUGAGUAUUUGGUACUAGUGAAGAACGUACAGGAACAGGUUAUGGCACCGGGGCAGUUUGGAGAUCUGUUUCGUGACGCGGUAAAUCGGAAGGCGCUACUGGUCAAUGUUGGUCUUCGUAUUUGCCAGCAGUUUAGUGGGUUUUCUGCGUUCGUUAUCUACGUGCAGAUCAUAUUUGAACUUGCCACGGACAAGUCGGUUUCGGCGGAAAUGUCGACGGUAAUAGUCUACUCGGUCCUAUUCCUUCUCUCCGUACUCGCCACGUCCGCGAUCACCCGUUGCGGAAGGCGAACCAUGCUGACGAUCUCCAGCGUGGGCUGCUCCGGUUCUUUGCUGGCCAACGCCGUCUACUUCUACAUCGCCGACGAAACCGGCGCUAACCUGUCGCAGCUCGGCUGGUUGCCGCUACUCUUCAUGGCCAGUUACAUGGCGUUUUUGGCGACUGGUUUGUCACCGCUUCCCUCUUUAAUGACGGGCGAACUAUUCGCGACAAGCAUCAAAAGUCACGCCAUGUUCGUCUCGACGAUUGCCAGAGGCGUGGCCCUAAUCAUCGCGCCCAAGAUACUGCAGCUGCUCAUCGGGCAUCUUCCCAUGUACUUUUCGUUUACGUUUUUCACACUUUCGUGCUUGGCCUCGGCGAUAUUCUGCUAUCGCUGCGUUCCGGAGACGAAGGGCAAAACUUUACAGGAAAUUCAAGAUAUUUUAAGAAAAAAGAGCUUCUGUCAGCCCUAACGUUUUUCCAUAAAAUUUAACAGAAAGUAUAAAGAGAUUGGAGUAGUA